UUAAAUAUAUAUUAUUUUUAUCCAAUUUUCUUAAUUCGAUUCAUGCAAAAAAUUGCCCUGACCACAGUCGAUUCAAAGUGCGCCUUAGUUCCAUAUAGAAAGUAUGUGAAAAGCGUUCCCAUGCAGAUUAUACCAUGAAUCGUUAUAUUACACUGACCCAACUGGGUGAUGGAACGUAUGGCACCGUUGUGCUGGGCCAGCGUAAGGACACCGGUGAAAAGGUGGCCAUAAAGCGCAUGAAACGCAAAUAUUAUUCCUGGGAGGAGGCAAUGAAUUUGCGCGAAGUGAAGUCGCUGAAGAAGUUAUCGCAUCCGAAUAUUGUCAAGCUGAAGGAAGUCAUUAGAGAGAACGAUACAUUAUAUUUUGUAUUUGAAUAUAUGAAGGAGAAUCUGUAUCAAAUGAUUAAGGAUCGGGACACGCAUUUACCGGAACCGGAACUCAAGAGUAUUCUCUUUCAGGUUUUAACGGGCUUAGCCUUUAUGCAUCGCCACGGCUUCUUUCAUCGUGAUCUGAAGCCCGAGAAUCUGUUAUGCUCUGGCCCAGAGUUAAUAAAAAUCGCCGAUUUUGGCUUGGCACGUGAAAUACGCUCACGCCCUCCUUUUACGGACUAUGUGUCCACGCGUUGGUAUCGUGCGCCGGAGGUGCUCCUGCACUCGACCAACUAUGGCAGCACCAUCGAUCUCUGGGCCAUGGGCUGCAUCAUGGCCGAGCUGUACACAUUCCGACCGCUCUUUCCCGGCAGCAGCGAAGUGGAUCAGCUCUUCAAGAUUUGCUCUGUGCUGGGCACGCCUGGCAAGAGUGACUGGCCGGAUGGUUAUCGCCUGGCAUCCAUGAUACACUUUCGAUAUCCGGAUUGCAUAAAGGUGCCGCUGAGCAGCGUGGUCAGUCGCUGCAGCCAAAAUGGUUUGGAUUUGCUGGAGGAUAUGCUGGCCUACGAUCCCGAGAAGCGACCAACGGCCCAGCAGAGUCUCAAGUAUCCAUAUUUCCAUGCGCUCAAGCGCAUCUCGCCAACAGCGGCGGCCAAGGCAAAUGUGAGGUUGAGCUCCAAGUAUGGCAUUUUGGGUACUGGGCCCACCCAAAUCGUAUUACCUCCCACUGUGUCAAAUAAUGUGCUUCCGGUGCAGGAGAAACUACACGCCGCGACUGACCUCAUACAUCAAAGCAACCACAACAACAACAAUAACAAUACCAACAACAACAACAAUACCAACAACAAAAUCAAUGGUAAAACGAUCUACAGCAAGUACCAACCAAAGUUGAGUUUCUUGUCCAACAACGACAUAUCUGUAGUCGGACUGCCACCCACUACAAACUCAUCAUUGGGCUUAGGAAUGGGCGUGGUUAUGCAGCAGUCGCAGCAGCAGCAGCAGGCUGGCAAAGAGUCCAUCAAUGAUAUUUAUCUGAAUCGUAAUAUUUCGCAGCUGUUCGGUCUGCCUGCAGCGACACAGCAGCAACAACAACAACAACUACAGCAGCAGCCACAACAACAUCCCAAUGUCUCCUUCAGCAACACAUCGACUCGCAAUGGUGGCUCCAUUUAUGUGAAUGGCAGCCACUUGAGCUACGACACGGUCAACAAGAAUGCCAAGAACAAUGGCAGAUUAGCUGCCGGCAUGGGUGGCUACUAUGUGCAGACACGCCCCACAAUCCUCCAGCCCGAGGCGAAGGUGUACAACAUAUUCUCCAAAGUGAGUGCUGUACAGGCGCCGCCAAGUAUCAUCGUCCGCCAACACCAGCCACAGCAUCCAUACGAGUCAGCCUCCUCGCUCAAUGGAGCCGCCAUUCGGCUAUCGGCACGAUCGCAGGCAGCGCCAACUGAGACUAGGAUGGGUGCAUUCAAGGUUGAUGAUCUGGACCUGAUACUGGGCUCGAAGCUGAAAACGUCGGCGAAACUUCAGCGCAAUGCCAAAUCGAAUAUCCUGUUAGAGGAUCUGUUUGGGCAUCUGUCCAUGGACUCGGAUAGCGAUGGCAAGUACCCGCACACGGUGCCGCCCACCCAACAGGCGAAAAGUGGACAGACUUCGAAUAGUUCGCACAAUGGACGUGACUUCUUCCAUGAGAACUUCAAGCGUCCUCCAAAGAAGAGGAGUCCUUGCAGCUUGGAAGUGAACAACGGCAGUCGCACAGAUUCACUGUCGACUAAUGCAGCACAGAAAACGCUUAAGGAGAAGGCAGCAUCGUUUCCCUGGGAUGAGACGAACAAAACGGAGGAUGAGAAAUUGACCGCUUGGAUGGUCGCCGAGAAUGGAUCGCUGUUGGAAAACAAAUUUUGAUAUGGAUAAGAAUGAUCGGAUGGGAUUGAAUAUGCAUAUAUACGUGUACUCGUUAAUGUUGUCGUACCUGAAACUCUGAAACCUUCGCGCAUUAAAUAUGUACAUCAAUUAA